AUGUACUUCGUAGGUGAUAAUCUUACCGAUCACAAUGAUAACCAUCGUCGCUAUUACACAAUGACGAAUAUCAGUCCCAGCUUUUGCAGUCCACAGUCAGUGGUAAAAACUGAAGUAGCCAAAAUCGUCGACGAUUUUCACAUGGACGCUUUCCUAGCCAAUUGUGAUUGUCGAUUUGAGAGCCGGAAUACAGUCAUGCUCAAGGUGGUUGUAAUCUUCCUGAUCUGUGUGAUCAUGGUGUUGGUAACCUAUAUGGCUUUCUUGAUGUGCUUAGAUCCCAUGCUACGCAAACAACGAUUCCAAACGUUCUACCGACAGCAAAAUGAAGAGAUGGAGGAAAAUAUUUUUGCUCGAGCUGUUGAGAGUUCUUUCUCCGAAACACCUGUAAGCAGUAUGCGUCCAAUAUCGAGCAAUAAGCAGAGUAGGAGCUUUUUUAUUCACUUUUAUGCAUUAUUAAGUAGUGCUAAUCAAUGGGGAUUAAUAUUUCUAUGCCGAAACGGAAUGCCAGAAGAAAGAAAGAACAAGUUUUGCAAUAUAGUUCCGUGUGGCAAUAAGAAAUUGGUUCCUUUUGCAGAUGUUCUUGGCAGGGUUGAAGCUGAGCAGAAUCGAUGGAUGAAGAAAGUGGAGGAGCAGAGGAAAAAUAUUUUCGAGGAUCACACGAUGCUUAACUAA